AUGGCUGAAGAGGCUACCGAGGAAGCUCAAGUUUACCCUCAAGAGCGUGAUGUAAAUGAAAUCACUGCCCGUGCUCGAAAAAUUUUAUCCCUUGAAGGAGCCAAAAGUAUCAACGAUGAAGAUUACCUAAGUAAUCGAGAAGGUUACAAGAUUUUUCGAGAAACGCUGAUUGGUAAAGGUAAAUUUUCUCAAUUCUAUGCUGCUCGAACCGCAAAUGGUGUUGAUGUUACCGUCAAGGUUUUACCACUCAGCUCUUUACCCAUUAAAUACAAGGAAAACCUGCUCAGACAAGGGACUAAAAUAUUGAGCUAUUUCAAGACCUAUCCGUGUGACCAGAUUUCAUCCAUCAUUGACAUCUACAUGACCAAGAUAAAGGUUUACGUUUUCUGUGAACCAUUAGGACAGGAUUUGGAAAAGAUAUCAAGGAAAACGAGCUACAAAGAAGAGGAAUUCAAACCAUGGAUAGUCGAUAUAAUGAAAGGUUUACAGUACCUUUAUGAAAACUGUAUUGGACAUCGUAAUUUACAAGCAUCUAAUGUAGUCUUGUCUGGAGACAAAGCAACUGCCAAGUUGACUGGUUUCGGCAAUGCCAUAGUCACUUGGGAUCCUGAUAAACAAGCACCAAUUUAUGCUGAGAAAGAAAAGGAACAUCAUCAUCAUUUGGCUCCUGAAACUUUAAAGGGUGAAUAUGAUGCUCAUAUUGCGGACAUUUGGGGCAUUGGUUGUAUAAUUUCAAUCUUAUUGACUCGAAAGCCUUGCUUUGAAAAGAAGACUCGAGACUAUCUGGAAGGAUACAAAACUCACCUACGACGCAAUGAAACAGCCAUUGGCAGUGAUUUGGAGUGUUUCCUGAAUCGUGUUUUUAUUGCUGAGCCAACCAAUAGAGCACCUUUAAGUGAACUUAUGGCCCAUCAUUGGAUUGUUGGCGGGGAAUCGGCUCAUAAUCACUAA